AUGGGAUCUAUGGGGAUACCAGGUAGUGAUGACUGUAAGGCAUUCGAUGACCCUGUCGCACUGUUUCACGAUCUCGAGGUCUUGCGUUCCCGCGAAAAUUUCCCACAUAGUCCUAGGUUUGACGCCCGGGUAAUAUCACGAUAUGAUGAUAUAGUCACAAUUCUGGACCGUCCAGAUAUCUUUUCAUCUGGUCCGACCGUUCCUCACCCACCAUCCUUCAUUGCAGACAAGAUAUCAUCCAAAUGCCCGAUGCGAGGCACGCUGCUAGGGCUUGAUAACCCCAUCCAUGAUCGAUUACGGAGAAGCGUCAGUUCUUUCUUCGUUCCGAGGCGACUAAAACGCUUCGAACCGGUCAUCGAAACGUUGGCUCAUCAGGUCGUGGACACCUUUGUGGAGAGCAGCGAGAUCAACAUAAAAUCUGCAUUCGCUCUUCCCUUACCUUUGCAGAUAAUCAGCUUGAUUGUAGGACUGGAUCCGAAGCAAUGGCAGUGGGUCGGCCGAAGCCUGGCCCUCUUUGGUGGUCAUGCCGAGUAUUCAUCUGGUACUUUGGAUGAAAAGGUCGCUGGCAUCAUCGAGCUGCACGAACACAUCGCAGAUCUCAUCCAGUUGAGAAAGGCUGACCGAAGGGAUGAUCUAAUCAGUCACAUAUGGAAUGAAAGGGACAGCGGCGUUGUGGAAAUGACUGACUUCGAGCACCUUUCCAUGAUCCCUGGCUUGCUCUUGGCCGGCCAUGAGACCACGACCAAUCUCCUGACCAUGGGACUGUCACAUCUUCUCCACCGGAAUCUGUGGCAUCAGGCCAACAAAGACGACCGAACGCGGGCAGCAACUAUCGAGGAACUCGUGCGAUAUGAAUCCGCGAUUACGGGUAUGAAACGAGAGGUUCUUCGUGAAUUCAAGCUCAGAGAAACAACUAUGUACCCGGGGGAUAAUGUGUUCCUCGCAUAUAAUUCAGGCAGCCGAGACCCUCAGAUAUUUCAAGACGCUGAUGAGUUGAUCCUGACCCGAAAGUUCACAACCCAGCAUCUUGGAUUUGGUCGAGGCAUUCAUGCGUGCCUCGGAGCACCACUGGCUCGUUUACUCCUCAGGGUCGAGAUGAGGGUUCUGUACGAAAGAUUGCCGAACUUGUGCCUAGUAACACCUUACGGGAAAAGGAAAUAUGAUCCUGUUCACGAAGGUUGCGGUAUUGCAGCUCUCACAGUCUCGUGGCAGCCGUCCAAGCCGGUCACGAGAAAGUUGAGAAAUGACACUGCGUCACUGGAAAGAGCCCAGGCCUCUCGAAAGAUAAUUCAGCAAGAAGUAGUGGUGGAAAGUAUCAUUGAAAUCGCUGAUAAGGUGUUAGAGAUCACGUUCGUCGGUCAAAAUGGUGCACGCAUGCCCACUUGGGCACCAGGGGCGCAUAUUGACGUUCCAGUUGGUACAUUCGGACACCGUCAAUACUCUCUCUGCGGCAGUCCAGCCGAUGAAGGACGCUACACAGUAGCCGUUCUUCGCGAAGGCGCAGAGAGUACAGGCGGAUCACAAUUUAUCCAUGAUACCUUUGCCAGACAAAAGGCGAUGAUGAUUCGCGGACCACGCAACCAUUUCGAACUACGACCAGCAACUAAGUACAUCUUCAUAGCCGGUGGGAUUGGUAUUACAGCUAUCAAGCCUAUGAUUGAAACCGUGAAAACUCAAGGACACUCGUAUAGAGCUGUAUACCUUGGCUCAAGCCGCUCGAAAAUGGCUUACGUCAAGGAGCUGUCCAUGGACCCUUGCGUCAAGAUCUGGCCCAAAGACGAGGCUGAUCACCGCUUUAAUCUCUCUUCUCUUUCAUGCAAAGACACGAAAGAUCUUCUGAUCUACUGCUGUGGCCCCGCAAGACUUUUGGCUGCCGUUGAGGAGCUGUUCAGAGAUUAUCCAACAGGGAUCCUGAAUAUUGAGAGAUUCGAGAAUACAUCUCACAAUUUGGAUGCAUCGCUAAACAGGCCGUUUGAUGUGCUAUUACAGCGUAGUGACAGGCAGAUACACGUGCCUGCAGACCGCACGCUACUGGAGGUUCUCAACGAAGAAGGCGUAGGAGUGAUGUCGACCUGUUCAAAAGGGACAUGUGGGACGUGUGAAGUCAGUGUUCUAGAGGGUGUACCAGAACACCGAGAUACCGUUUUGACUGCUGUGGAAAGGUUAGAUGGGAAGACCAUGAUGCCUUGCGUGUCGAGGUGUAUCGGAUCAAAGCUAACGUUGGAUUUGUGGUGA